CUUCUUGACCGCUUUGACGAGCACUAUACAAUAUGCCGCGUCGGGUGUACUGCUAGCUGUCAUCUCUCGCCUGUGCCCACACCCAUCAGUCGAACCCCCUCUACCAACCGUCAACAUGGUUGUGUUUGCGCUCUUCAUCAUCAGCAAAGCUGGUGGACUCAUAUACAACCGCGAGUUCCAUUCUGGCCUGAGUAAGCUCACAAGCAACGAUUAUCUAAUGCUGGCGGGUUCCUUUCACGGAAUGCACGCCAUCACUAAGCAGCUCUGUCCUGCCAUGCCAGCACCUGUCAAUCCCUCCAGUACUGCUGCCGUCCUUGCCCCUUCCCCAUUCUCCGGACGACCUAGCGGUCUCGAGGUGCUCGAAUCCACCCAUUUCCGCAUGCAAUGCUUUCAGACUCUCACCGGAACCAAGUUCCUGCUGUUCACCGAGCCUCAGCAACCGAACAUUGACAGUAUGAUGCGCAAGAUCUACGAACUCUAUGCGGACUUCGUCAUGAAAAAUCCGUUCUAUACCGUUGAGAUGCCGAUUCGGUGUGAGAAGUUUGAUCGUGGCUUGGACGGCUUUGUGAAGGUGCGGAGUUGAAGAGCAAAUAUUGAUGAUGACUACACCCGUACCAGUCUGGAUGGAUGCAAUUUGAUACUGUGUGUCAUUAUCAGCAUCUAGCUACCUCGAUCACACUGUCCCUCCUGUCUAUGUCACCAGAACGCCUUCAAUCUGGCUUCUUCCAUCCGAAAAUGACUCCUCCAGUCCAGGACUCUUGAUCGGGAGCCUCUCUCCAGUCUGCCCAUCCUUUUGAUGGAUCUUCCCCAACCUGUCUGCAUCUAUGCAGGAAGGGAAGAACACUGAAUCUGGCUUUGAGGAGGGACUCUAGCGUUUGAAAGGGGGGGGAAGUGAAAGGGAACCCGGCUCGGGGUUGAAAGCGUGUGGGAGUCAAGUAACCCAUGUUUACACUCUGCAUUCUUGCUAGCUAGGGAUGAUGCUGUUACCUUGAAUCGCUUGAAUUUCAAAAAAGCAGUCAUGUGCAUUCAUUGAAGUCUGUACAUAAUAAUCAGC